AUGAAAGGGGUCCUUACUUUUUUUUAUUGUAAUUUAGGUGUGAGUGUGGAAUGUGUCAGCCGAUGCCUUCAGUACCCGAAAACGUAUGUUGUCAUGAAAUAGGGCAAAUAUGGUUAAUGUCACUAUUCCGCUUGUAAGAUAUGCAUGCAAACGUCACGCAAGUAAAUGACGCACGCAGGCUAAAUAAACAACAACUACAUGAUGGCGUAAUAAGGGGGGGACACAGCCCUGCGGCAGGUUAUAGCGACUUCGGGUUAUGCGCACAAAAUAACACAAGCCUUACUUAUCGCCCCACUACCGUGGGGUAGGACAAGAAUCUUGGCACAGCCUUUCUUAUCUCCCCAGCGCCGCACGGGCUGGAUCGGACAAGAUUAAGGCAAAGGAAUAGCUCAAAAGAUGGCAAGACACAAGCAAUGCCAAAAGCUUGGGGGAAGUCGCAACGCAGACUUAACCGCCACAGAUGCAUGCAAUGCAUCCCCCCAAGCAAGAACAAAAAACUAAAUAAAGUUCCCUGACACACGAGCCAUUUUGGGAACAGCAGAAAGCAAGACUGUUUCGGGAGUGCGAAUAUGCAGUUGAUAACAGUCCGAGGACCAACGACCUAAAACUUUUAUUAACCAGUCUGGUAAGCCCGCAGCGGCCGCAGCGGACGCGGCGCCUAUACGAAAACUGUGACCUUUUAGACUCUCGUAUGGGAGUCCCGCACAGCGAGCAGAAUCCUGAAGUAAAUGCGUAACAGAAGACCGAGUGAGAAGCCGACCCGACUGAAAGUAAAAAAGGGGUCCAGGCCGAGGCUGGGCAAGCGUAAAAUACCGUUGCAUAGCGGAAACGGGGCACAAUAAAGAAGAGCACCGAGCUAACACGAGAGAUUGCCCCUGUCUAAAACUGUCAGUUUUAGACGAUUUAAGUUUGAGAAGCAUGUGCUGCGGGCGAGCCAGACUUGGUGAGAAAGUCACGCAAUCAGUGGUGAGGUUAAACUGAGAACUAAAAUUACGUGCCCCCGGGUACGUAAACUCGCUACAACGAAGAAAGGCGAAAAAGGCUAGCGUAAAUGCAGCCCAGAUCAUGCAAAAAUCCCGAACAUCCAACCAGCUCUCAAGAACGGGACGGAUAGCUAACAGGACCCGGGGGGUGACCGGCUGACGACUUAUACGAGGACAACCCUGGUAACGAAGAAUGCCCCUUAAAAUUUUUUUUAAAAGCAGCUUGCCCUGUAAGGAGUCAUUGUAAUCGGAAACUAUAUGUAGAUUCCUGACGGCUGCUAAGUAUAUUUUGAUUGUGCAAUGACAAACUGUGCGAGCUAAAUAAGAUGCAAAAUAGAUAAGUGUCCCCUCCGAGGCAGGUAAAAUAUCACCUGUUGGAGAUGUAAGUCUGUUCAUAAGGCAAAAUGAGAUAAAACGCUUUUCUCCGGAUGUAUAGGUGCGUUUGGUGUUCCAUGAUAAGGCCCAGUUAGCAUACCUUAAGACUUCAUCCUUCAGAGGGUCAUGAACGAAGGAGGGAUGAAACAAGGGGUCCGGUCGGCAUUGGGUGCAAGAUCCCUGAAGCGUUUGACUUGGAAACGUGAGAGGGCGUCAGCAAUUCCGUUAUUUACCCCCGGAACAUGGCGGGCCCGUACCAAGAAGUUGUGUUUCAUGGAAAUGAGAACCAAAAAACGGACCAGGUCCAUCACCCGGGGAGCUUUUGAGUGACCAGAGUUGAUAAUAGCCACGACGCUUUCAUUGUCGCACCAAAAUUGAAGGCGUUUACCCGCAAAAUGGGGGUACCAGAGGGCGCAAGCGAUAACAAUAGGGAAAAGUUCUUGCCAUUCAAUGCUAAUCCCCGUCUUCUUGUUGAUAAGGAGGUGAGGCGGCCAGUGCCCUUGGAACCAUUUCCCAUUAAAAUAGCCCCCGAACCCAAUGGUGCUAGCUGCAUCUGUGUACAAUUCAAGGUCAGGGGAGGAGGUAACAAAGGAAUCAAGGAAGAAGGAGCGCCCGUUCCAUUGGUAAUAUCCAUUUCCACAUGGUAAUAUCCCGUUGGAAUUGCUUGUUUAAGCGGAUAUGGUGAAAACGGCUGGGAACACCCCUGGUGAGAUUGAUCAUGCGCUGGAGAAAGGUUCGCCCGGGGACCACUACUUUACAGGCAAAUUGCAAGGUGCCGAUAAGGGACUGGAGGUCCACUAGACGGGCUGAGCGGCGGGCACUAAAGGAAUCAAGGAGCUUACUAAUCCGAGCUAGCUUAUCUUCCGGCAACCUAGCUUCCAUGCGGGUACUAUCCAGCACAAUCCCCAUAAAUUCCAAGACUUGGGAGGGGCCCAGGGUUUUGGCUGCUACUAUUGGUACCCGAAGGGACGUGAACACUUUUAGAAGGGUACUAAAGUUCUCUAAGCAGGCCAGCUUAGAAGACUCUGCGAUAAAGAAGUCGUCCAGGAUGUGUAAAACAUGACCCAGGCCGUAGUUGUGUUUUAAGAUCCAUUCUAAGGCCUCAGAAAUUUGAUUAAAGAGGAAGGGUGAACUGCGGAGCCCAAAUGGGAGGUACAGAUCUACAUAGUAACGUGAUUGCCAAUAGAUACCCAACAGGUUCCAGUCAUCCGGGUGAAUAGGCAUAAUACGGAACGCCGAUUUAAGGUCGGUUUUAGCCAUGUACGCCCCGGGACCCAAGGACUUUAAAAUGCUUAUUGCGUCGACUACCCGUACAUACUGAAGAGAGUAAGGGUCUUUUGGAAUAUGAUCAUUUACGCUGUCACCCGGGGGAUAAGAUAGGUGAUAGAUAGUGCGCCAUUCCGUAGAGUGCUUUUUUGGCACCACGCCGAUAGGGUGGCACUGGAAAUUGGGGAGUGGGGGCGAGAAAAAGGGGCCCGCGACCCUACCCAGCGACAUUUCCUUGCUUAAAUUCGCGGAGAUAACCUCGGAGUGUUGGGAAGCGGAGAUCAAGUUAUUGGAUACCCGGAAUUUUUGAGGACCAAGGUAACCGAUGCGAGUCCCGUACCUGAGGGCAUUAACUAAGUUAUCAACAAAAGAUCGAUUAGGAUGAUUAACUAAUUCAAGCGCUAAUUUAUCUACAUCAAGAGGGGUGGAUACUGUUGGUCUCUGCUUCUGCUGGCGCUGUUCCACUUUAUUUUUUGCUGCGAUCGCCCGGGGUUGCUGAUUUGGUGCUUGUGGCAUGCUGUUUGGAGCUGGGGCAAUUGAAGAGUGCGUGACUGCUGGAUCCACAGCGGCAAUUGUGGGGGAAGUGACAGGUACGACGCUGACACCCUGAGGGUUUGUUGAAAUCGAAGCAAACGAGGGCAGACCGGCGAGGCUUUUUGCUGGGUUCUUGGUGGGGGCAGUCAUCGGAUUGGUGGUAGGGGCUAGAGCAUAUAGAACAAUGGGGUUUAGCGGUACCCGUAAAGGUCACCGUCCAAAGUUCAAUAUCUAUCCUAUCCCAUGCGAUGGUAAGAUCGCGAGCCGCGCGGCGUCUAAAAUGCUCAUCGUAUGUGUACCACGCUAAGCCCUUAAACUUAGUUACUGCGCGGCUAAUGAUUUGCUGAUACUUGAUGAGCUCCACCGCCCGGUUGGGGUAGGCCGUGACGAUUACUAGCAUGUACGCCAUAAACGCGUCCAACCACUUUUGAAAAGAGUCUACAACUGGUUUCUUGCGUUUGACAACAGUAAGCGGGGAGCCCAAGUAGCCUGGGGGCGAGUCCUCAUAACGCAAUUGUAGGGCGGGGGUCUGGGUCUGGUACAGUGUUUCUGGCAAAAGGAAAGAGAAAUCUACGCACUCACUGCGGAGUAUUUUAUCCUCGAGGGCUUUGUCCAAGGGACGAUUGACGCCGUUCAGAGACGCCACAGAAGAAACACGAGGACUUGGAGUGCUGAAAAACGCGGGAGCAGGCGGGAUAACGUCGUUGGGUGGAAGCGAUUGAAACGCUGCUUGAACAGUCGACGAAACAGUGUCCUGGAUCGCCGCUAGUUGAGCCGGGGUAAAAACAGCAUCACUUGACUCCAUGGACUCCAUUGGUUCUGCGUUUAAAUCCGCCAAAAGGUCGCUUGUGGCGGACUCCUCCUCCUCAAAACUACUUUAAAUGAUUGCUUUCGUGCAAGCUAACCAAAUAAUGACUAGGAGUGGCAUUGGCAAAGCUUUAUAGUCAGACAGUGUCUCAAAAUACGGCCAAUAGGCAUAGUUGUACUAUAAACUAUCUCAACUUAUCAUGAUUAAGGUCUAGCCAUGAAUAGCUCUGAAUAGGGCUUUGAAAACAGGGACCAAUCUUUGCGAAGCUAAGAAAAUACACGAUGACAAACAUGCGACAAAUUAGUGAGGUUCUAGCCAUGAAAAGCUUUUGUUUUCUGCUUAAAGAAUAGAGUGCUUUCAUUUAAUGAACCAGGCUUUCAAGAUAUCACCGAGCCUAAGACGGGGCCGGCUUUCUCGGCCUACCCCCCUGGGGCUUCAUGCUCCAUUAACUGCAUUUACCCGCUGGUAAAUGUCUCACAAAAAAUUGAAGAGCAAACGGGGGUCCAAAUGUCCUGUAUAACAGAACAUCCAGGAUUUCAGUCUACUUGCUUGGAUGUGUGGAUCCUUGAAACGGCGUAUUAUGCAUAUAGGCAACAACAUGUCACAGACAGUCAUAGAGGGCACGAGUAUGUUUACCAGUUCUGAAAUUUUCACUAUAUACGUAAAAAGAUUGUGAACAGUUUAAAUAUGACUGCAUAUUCGUAGUUAUAUAUUUAUUCCCACAUUUUUCCUCUCGUUCGUGUCUAGAAAGUUUCGCUACAUCGCUUAUCGCCAACUUGUGCGAUGGUGUUGGGGUUAUCUUGGCAGAAAAGUAAGAGUGGCGCUCCCUUCCUGUGCCGUAAACAAAAUACGCCAAAGAUUUCCUGCGGAUUUUGGCACCUCCUACAUUGGUUUAAAGCCACCAAACCUGCAAUAA